AUUAUAUGAUUGAUUAUAUGUAAUCAUGUCAAUUAAAUGCACCAAUUUGUGAUUUAUCGGACUCUCACAUAUCAUCAUCGUGUCUAUAUAAAAACGACGGUUUGCUUCAACUUAUAUUAUUAUACUCCUCUCUAAAAUCUCACUCCCUUAUUUUUUUGUUUUUCUUUUCUUUUUUCUGAGAAGGUUUGAUAUUAAAACAUGAAUAUUAUCCUUCUGCUAUUUGUCAUCCUACUUUCAGGUUUUGAAGCUGAAGCAUUAUCCUAUGAUUAUAGUGCCAACGUUGAAUGUUUGGCACACCCACAAAAGCCUCAGUAUAAUGGAGGAAUCAUUAAAAAUCCAGAAUUGAAUGAUGGACUACAAGGAUGGACAACAUUUGGGGAUGCAAUAAUUGAACAUAGAAAAUCAUUAGGCAACAAAUUUGUGGUAACACAUAGUAGAAAUCAACCACAUGAUAGUGUCUCACAAAAGAUUUACCUACGAAAAGGAUUGCAUUAUUCUUUAUCGGCUUGGAUACAAGUGAGUGAGGAAACUGUUCCUGUCACAGCAGUAGUCAAAACAACCAAAGGAUUUAAAUUUGGUGGUGCUAUUUUUGCUGAGCCUAAUUGUUGGUCCAUGCUUAAGGGUGGUCUUAUAGCAGAUACAACAGGAGUAGCUGAGCUCUAUUUUGAGAGCAAUAAUACUUCUGUCGAAAUUUGGGUCGACAACGUAUCCUUGCAACCAUUCACAGAAAAGCAAUGGAGAUCUCAUCAAGAACUAAGUAUUGAAAAGGACCGUAAGAGGAAAGUAGUAGUUCGAGCAGUUAACGAACAAGGACACCCUUUACCAAAUGCAAGUAUAUCUCUUACAAUGAAGAGGCCGGGUUUUCCAUUUGGAAGUGCCAUCAACAAAAACAUCCUGAACAAUAAUGCAUAUCAGGAUUGGUUCGCAUCUAGGUUCACAGUUACCACAUUUGAAAAUGAAAUGAAGUGGUACACGAAUGAAUAUGCACAAGGCAAAGAUAACUACUUUGACGCUGAUGCAAUGCUAGGGUUUGCAGAGAAACAAGGUAUUGCUGUUAGAGGUCACAAUAUAUUUUGGGAUGAUCCUCAAUACCAACCUAAUUGGGUUUCUUCGCUGUCACCGGACCAGCUUAACGAUGCAGUCGAAAAAAGGGUGAAUUCCAUUGUGUCAAGAUACAAGGGUCAGCUUAUUGGUUGGGAUGUUGUUAAUGAAAACCUACAUUUCUCAUUCUUCGAAAGUAAAUUGGGACAAAACUUUUCAGCUAGGAUGUUUAAUGAGGUUCACAACAUUGACGGGCAAACUACUUUGUUCAUGAAUGAAUAUAAUACCAUUGAGGAUAGUCGAGAUGGUUUAUCAACCCCGCCAACGUAUAUCGAGAAGAUCAAAGAGAUUCAAAGUGUGAAUAGUCAAUUGCCUCUUGGAAUUGGACUUGAGUCUCAUUUCCCUAAUAGUCCUCCUAACUUGCCUUACAUGAGAGCUUCCCUUGAUACCCUUCGCGCCACUGGUUUGCCAAUAUGGAUCACAGAAUUAGACGUCGCGAGCCAACCUAAUCAGGCGUUGUACUUCGAGCAGGUUCUUAGAGAGGCACAUUCUCACCCUGGGAUUCAGGGCAUUGUAAUGUGGACAGCGUGGUCACCGCAAGGUUGUUAUAGGAUUUGCUUGACUGAUAACAAUUUCAAGAACUUGCCUGCAGGCGAUGUUGUCGAUCAGUUGAUCAAUGAAUGGGGGAGAGCAGAAAAAUCAGGGACGACAGACCAAAAUGGAUACUUUGAGGCCUCCCUUUUUCACGGCGACUACGAAAUAGAAAUCAAUCACCCCAUCAAGAAGAAGAGUAAUUUCACUCAUCAUAUAAAGGUUCUUUCAAAAGAUGAGUUCAAGAAAACAAAACAGUUUAUACAACUUUCUAUUUAGUUUUUUGUUUCUUGUUAAAUUUUAUUUUUGUUGCUUAUAAUGGAAAUUAGAGGUCGUUGAU